CCUUCCGUCGGUCCUUUCUUCCUUCCUGCUUCGCCUAGCGUUUCGCGAUAUGGGGCAGAGCCUCCGUUCCGCCAGCACCACCUGAGGAUCCCGGAAACCGCCCCAGCGAUGGAAGAGGACCAGGAGCUGGAGAGAAAAAUGUCUGGAUUGAAGACCUCAAUGACUGAAGGCGAGAGGAAGACAGCCCUGGAAAUGGUCCAGGCAGCUGGAACAGAUAGACACUGUGUGACUUUUGUAUUGCACGAGGAGGACCAUACCCUAGGAAAUUCUCUGCGUUACAUGAUUAUGAAGAACCCGGAAGUGGAGUUUUGUGGUUACACUACGACCCAUCCUUCUGAGAGCAAAAUUAAUUUGCGCAUUCAGACGCGAGGUGCUCUUCCAGCUGUUGAGCCAUUUCAGCGAGGCCUGAAUGAGCUCAUGAAUGUCUGCCAACAUGUGCUUGACAAGUUUGAGGCCAGCAUAAAGGACUAUAAGGAUCAAAAAGCAAGCAGAAAUGGAUCCACAUUCUAGUCCCUUAUGCAGGAUACAAGAAGGACUAUCUUCUGAGAUUUUCUCUUCGUGAUUGUGCAGAAUCCAGAAUUAGAAGUUUGUGGUUACAGCAUGCUUUAUCCUUCAGGUGUGGUUCUAGCUAUUGACCCACUACAGCUGUUGGAAUCCCUACAAGAACCUGUGUAUUAACCUAAUAAAUUCCCUCUUUUAUUUAAACUAA